AAUCUGGUAUAGAGUACCAAUCAAAAAAGAAGAAAAAAUCUAGUGGAGAGAGAGGAAAAUGGAGAUUCCUGUGAUUGACUUUAACAUGCUGAGCGGCGAUAAGAGGGGAGAAGGAAUGGCACUUCUGCACGAGGCUUGUGCGAACUGGGGCUUCUUUAUGGUUGAGAACCAUGGAGUUGACAAAGAGUUGAUGGAGAAGGUGAAGAAACUGGUGAAUUUGCACUAUGAGGAGAGCAUGAAAGACGGGUUUUAUAAGUCAGAGAUAGCCAAUGGCUUGGAGAAGGGGGGACGUACCUCCGAUACAGACUGGGAGAGCAGUUUCUUCGCUUGGCAUCGACCAACUUCUAACAUAAAUGACUUCACAAACCUCUCGCAGGAUCUUCGCAAGGCAGUGGACGAAUACAUUGGGCAACUAAUAAAAUUAGCAGAGAAGUUAUCUGAACUCAUGUGUGAGAAUCUCGGUUUAGAGAAGGGUUACAUCAAAGAGGCAUUUUCGGGAAAUAGAGGUGCUUCCGUGGGGACAAAAGUGGCAAAAUACCCUAAAUGUCCCCAACCUGAACUCGUAAGGGGACUCCGAGAGCACACCGAUGCUGGUGGAAUAAUCCUCCUGCUCCAGGAUGACCAAGUCCCUGGUCUGGAAUUCUUCAAAGAUGAGAAAUGGGUGGAGAUUCCACCUUCCAAAAACAAUGUGAUCUUUGUUAACACAGGUGACCAAGUUGAAGUGUUGAGUAAUGGAAGAUACAAGAGUGCUCUGCACCGCGUCAUGGCAAACAAGAAUGGAAGCAGACUGUCCAUUGCUACCUUCUACAAUCCUGCGGAUGAUGCCAUCAUUUCUCCAGCCCCCAAACUCUUAUACCCAACUCACUACCGUUUUCAAGAUUACCUAAAACUUUAUGCCACAACUAAGUUUGCGGACAAGGCCCCUAGAUUUGAAUCGAUGAAGGAAACAACGCCCAAUGGGCAGCAGAGUCUCCUUGUCUAGCAGAACAUACAGCAUGCAAGAAAAUUUAUAGCUAACAGUUUGUGUUUUGUCAGUGCUGUGUUCUCAAUAACAAAUUUACAGGCCGCUUUCCCCAAUGAACUUGUUUGUCUAUCAUGUGAGUGUUGUACUUUCUGAUUCCAAAAGGGGACAUAAGGUAAAAAUCUGUGUAGCUUCUUUGUUUUUUUUUACUUUUUCUGUUUUCAUUUGCAAAACAAGAGGAUAAAAAUUGUUGUUCUA